UCCUCCCGCUCCUCCUCCUGCGGGAGCCCCGGGCGGCUCCGUCCACCGGAAGCAGCGGCGGCUGCGGUAGGAGCAGCCCUGGUCCGGGUCCGGGUCGGGCGCAGCCGCAGGACGAGAUGCCCCUGGCCAAGGACCUGGUACACCCCUCCGCGGAGGAUGAGAGGAGAAAGCACAAGAAAAAACGGCUUGUGCAGAGCCCCAACUCCUACUUCAUGGAUGUAAAAUGCCCAGGAUGCUACAAGAUCACCACUGUAUUCAGCCAUGCUCAGACAGUUGUUCUGUGUGUAGGGUGCUCAACUGUCCUGUGUCAGCCUACUGGGGGUAAAGCCAGACUCACAGAAGGCUGUUCAUUUAGAAGAAAGCAACACUGAACACUUGAGCAUGUGGUUUUGGAUCUGUGCUCCUGAAAGCCUUAUCAGUUUAAAAAAGCCUGUUCAUACAAUGUAAUUACAAUUGAUUUUGUAAAGAUUACAUGCUACUUGUGACUAAUGAGCUGGAAUCUCUCUUUCAAUAAAUAAUUUGAAGUGCAAUUUUUUCCUGCAGGUUUGCAGACAACUAAGCUCUAUUUUUAUAGUUUUAUUUUUAAACAAUGUAUUGUUAAUUGAGAGGUGUCAUUUAAUAUGAAAACCUUGGGUUUGCUGCUUCCUUCCCCUAUUUUAUCAACUACAGCAGUGUGAUGCAUAUGGUGACAGAAAACUGCUGUAAGAGUGCAUUUUGUAUACUUCACUACUACAAGGGUUGCAAAGGCUAGAUAGAUUUAAAAUGGCUCGCUUGCUUUCAGCAUUGCUUUAGUCUCUCUAUCACCACAUAAGUAAUGUGGUGAUAAAUGAAAAUACAAAGUUACUCACUUAUGUUCAGCUGCUUUUCUGUUCUGUUUGGGAUUUUUUUCCCCUUCCCUCUAAUCUGGUCUUGAAACUGCACUUGGUAUUCUGUGCAGAGAUUUCUAUGCAAGAGGAAAAAAAGGAGUCUUUUGCAAAAUACAGAAAGCAUUUAGUAUAGAGAAGGCAUAUGGUAUAUAAGCAACAAUGAUGACUUAUUGUCAAUAUCGCUGACGCCAAGUAUGUUAACAGCUGUGAAUGGUAUAGUCAUUAAAAAAACCCAAACUAGUACAGCAAACACAUGUACACUUUUAGUAUUAAAUACUGACAUUAAAUGAUUACCUUUUUGCAGCAAGGAAAUGAGGAUUUACUUUUUAAAAGCCAUUACUUUCCAAAAGGCUGAUAAAAAGAACAUUUUUUAAAAAAACAUGAGAAAACAUUCAAACUAAGUUUUACAUGUAUCUUACUUUACUAGAUAAUGGCUCAAGUUAUGUAUCAACAUCUCUUUCAAAGUAUCUAGUGUCUUGUGAGCUAGUUAUUGUUGGGAAUUUCUAUUUAGCCUGUAUUCUUUUUAUGACUUAUAAAAAAUUUAUGUUUCUAGUAAGUAAAAAAUAAAUAAACCCUAAACCUGGUAUUACAA